UUGUGUGAGAGCGCGCGGGCGCCGCACACGGGGAAGGAGGGGGCGCCGGGCGGGCAGAGUGAGUCGGGCGGGCGUGAUGCGGCCGAUGGCUUUCUGGAUACCAUGAUCACCAGAGGAUUUAAUAUAUAUAACCAGAUAUGUCCUGAUCUCUCUCCCAUAACUCAUUUCAAUGUGAGCAUGGAAGAAUAACCCAGCCAGAGGCUGCUUUUCAAGUCUUACCCUCUCCAAGCCGCAAUAGGAUCAUAUCUAGGCAGUGUGGGGGUGGCAGAGGCUGUUGGUGCUGUGGAUUUUCCUCCACAUUCUUUGCCCAGAGUGAGGGUCUCUGUUUCUGACAAUGAUGAAAACUGAAGGCAAAGGGGAAAGGACUCUGAGAAGCGCUUCUCCACACAGAAAUACUUAUAAAUCUGAUUUCCAUGCCAUCAAAUGCUCUUUUGAUGGGGUAAACAUCCCUGAAAAUGCUUCCAACAAAGUGGGCCCCCAACAGAAGCUGAACACCACCUCUAGUGGAGGGGGGAAUGAGCUUCAUAGCCGAGGCAGAGCUGCCACCUAUGGCAACAGAGUACACAAGAUCAAAAACAUGUUCCUGCAGAUGGGGGGCUCCUCUGCCACGCCACUGUGUGAAAGCAGCUCCCCCACUGAGGCCAAGAUCAUCAGUAGGGCAGUACCAACCGAUCUUGUGCCUUCUCCCAGCAGCCCAUCUUUCCACAGUGUCCAAAAAAAUAACCUCCUUAAUACUAGCCCCUGCUGCAGCCCCCUGGACUCACUGCCUGCAUCUUCCAUGGGUGACAAAAUCAUCCGCAGCAAAGAUGAAGGUGAUCUGGACAAAGCUGCCUUGGCAGAAAAGUUUUCUGAGACUAGGAAACUUUUCGAGAGGAACAUAAAGCAGCGGAGCUCAUUGGACAGAUAUUCUCCCAGCAAAUGUGAAAGAAGUGAUGAUAAGACAAGACAUGGUUCAGCUUCUCCUGACUGCAGCAGUGUGGUGGAUCAUUUUAAUUUCAAUAUAGAUGUGAUCCCUCAUAUGGCCCUGGAAAGAGCUGAAAGUCAAGGCAGUGAUGAGCAUAGGCAGCAGCAUCUCAGUGGUGGCCCGAGAGCCUCCUCUUUGAAUGCAGGACCAAUUUCUAGGAGGCUGGAAAGUUUUCUUGGUGACAGUGACACUGAAGAAUCCAAAGAAAUUUCCAAAAGUGAGGGCACCGCAAGUCAAGGGUAUGUGCUCCCCUGUAGCUCGGAGUCACCUGGUGCUAUUCAAGGAUGCACUGAGGAGAGUCCAUGUCCCAAAGAGCCUGUUUGUCUCAGCAGCCCCAGCAGGGAUGAGCUGAGUCAGUCACCUGAAGAAGUGCAUACAAGGGAGCAAGUGGCUCCUGGGAGGGCCCUGCAGGAUGUGAACAACACAUCUGAUAAGGAGGCCAAGUGGUUAGGGGACAGUGCCCCCCCCCAGACCUCCCAGGUAGAGAUGGUUCAGGCUGAACUGGAUGCAGUGCAAAAAGAAACCUCAGGGAAUAAAGAAGAUACCUUGAGGAAAGAUAGUGUCUUUCAUGAGGAACAACCAGUCAGGCACCAAACUGGGGAAGAGAACAGGAACAAUCAUUCAUUUGGAGGACUGGAAGAGAUAACAGUGUGCAAUGAGCUCAGUCAGAAAGAAAUAAGAGAGAGAGUGUCUCUGAAGGAGGUGCUUGUGUCACAGGUUCAGGACAAUCUAGAACAGGAGGGAGACACUGAAGAGGAGGAGGAGGAGGAGGAGGAGCAUGUGGUGGAAAAUCAGAGAGAGAAGUUUAUUGCAUUUUCUGUCAGUGCUUUUGGAAUAGAGAAUGCAGCUUUUGAUGAUGACCGGGAUACAGAGUCUGAAAACCAGGGCCCUGAAGGUAAAGAAACAUUGGAGGGGGAAGAGGAGUAUACCUAUGAUAGUGACUAUGAGGAGUUUCCUGGGCUAUCUGAAGAGGAAGAUCCUGAGCCGGACAAAAGAGUCAAGUUUUCCACAGCCCCUAUCAAGGUUUUCAGUACUUACUCAAAUGAAGAUUAUGAUAGACGUAAUGAAGAGGUUGACCCUGUGGCAGCAUCAGCAGAGUAUGAACUAGAGAAGAGGGUGGAAAAAAUGGAAGUGUUUCCUGUGGAAAUUGAAAAAGGUGACAGUGGUCUAGGCAUUAGUAUUAUUGGAAUGGGUGUUGGUGCAGAUCAGGGACUGGAAAAACUGGGAAUUUUUGUAAAAACAAUAACUGAAGGUGGAGCUGCUCAAAGAGAUGGACGAAUCCAAGUAAAUGAUCAGAUUGUUGAGGUUGAUGGUAUAAGUUUAGUAGGAGUAACUCAGCUUUUUGCAGCCACUGUGCUAAAAAACACCAAAGGCAGUGUGAGGUUUCUAAUUGGAAGAGAGAAACCUGGGACUCAGAGUGAAGUAGCUCGUCUUAUCAGUGAGACAUUAGAGCAAGAGAGAUGCCUAUAUGAGCAGCACUGUGCCCAAGAUGAUACAGAACAGGAUGAUGAUUAUGAUGAUGAUGAUGAUGAUGCUUUUGAGUCACAUUUACAUGGAAAGUCUGUGGAAGUCUUUUAUCUUCCUGAAAAUGAAAAUGAAGAUAUGAAUUUGCCACUGGAUAUGGAUUCAGCACAGUUUCUUCUUAAAUUUAAAGAGCUACAAUUAAAGCAUGCAGUAACAACAGCUGAAGUUAACCAACUAAAAGAGAGAUUAAAAACUACUGAAGCUGAAAAAGUUGAAUGGGAGUCAAGUAAAUCCCAGCUUCAACAAACUUUAGAAGAGAGCAAAGAGAAAAUUAAGAAGUUGGAGACCUAUUGGUUAGAGGCACAAAGUUUAUGCAAGACUGUAAAUGAACAUCUUAAAGAAACACAGGAACAGUAUGAUGCCCUGGAGAAGAAAUACAACAAGGCCAAAAAAUUACUUAAAGAUUAUCAACAGAAAGAAAUAGAAUUUAUGAAAAAAGAAGAGGAUCAUACAAGGGCUCUUGAAGAAAGAGACAAGAAAUAUGCAGCGCAACUGAACAUAUUGCAAGAGGAGAUUUCAGAGCUUCAGAACAAAUUAAAAAUAUAUGAGCGAAUACCUUGUAUGAUUGGCAGCAGCAUUUUGCUGGACACUGGCUCUCAAAGUCCAGAAAAACUAAAUGAAUGUUCAGAGAUUAAAGAAGAAAGUACAAAAGAAUUAGAGUCGUCAGCAGUGGAAAAAUUAGUUUCUUCAGAUACUGAUUUUGAUACUUUUAUGGGGGAUACUCCAAGAUUAGAUACUAGUGCCCACAAAGCAAAAGCUCAGCUUGCUCUGAAAGUAAAACGUCAGCCACCUUCUCGAUCAAAGCUAAAAGAAUCUCUUGGAGCUGGACAGCAGAAAUCAGAUCUACAGGAUGAGGAUACAGAUGAUGCUGUCCACAAUAGAGAAAUUGGUUCAGCAUGUCAAGUCAAGUCUUUCGAAGUAACAGAAAAGCUAACUUUAUCCCAGUUGAAUGAUGCAGAUCAAAGGAUUGAAAAGUCUGAACCAGUGGAAAGCACAGAGAGUUUGUUAGAGUCAAGUCCUUCUGUUUCCACUCACUCUUCUCCUACACACAAACCAAACAAUGAAAACAGCACAAGUACUACUUACACUCCUCCUAGUGAUGAUGUAACUCCCAGUUCUCCCCAAGCAUAUUCCAAGAAUGUUAGGCACAGAGAAUCAAAAGGGAAAGGAAGAGAGGGGAAAGAGUGGAGAGGAAGGCAAACUGGAAUCCUCUUCUCUGUGGCCUGUCUGAUCAAGAAGAAAGACUGCUAAAGCCACCUGAAGGGAAUGUGCGAGGGA